AUGCCACGAUCAAACAACCCAUCAGACACCGAGAAAAGCUCGGCAGACGAGUCCCCCGGAGUCAAACCACUACGAAACUAUUCACGUACGCAAUGGACUCUAGUCCUCGUAGCCAUCUACUGCAGCCAGUUCCUGUACGGUCUGGACAACACAAUCGUGGCCGAUAUCCAAGGCGCCGUGGUCAAUGAUUUUGGCGAGAUUGGAAAGCUGGGGUGGCUGGGAAUUGGGUUUCCGCUCGGCAGCGUAGCGACGAUUCUCACCUUCGGGAAGGCGUACGGGAUUUUCGAUCUCAAGUGGCUUUACAUAGGGAGUAUGGUCAUGUUCACUGCUGGGAGCGCUCUCUGUGGCGCUGCUCCGAAUAUGAUCUCUCUCAUCAUCGGUCGAGGCGUACUAGGCUUUCGAAGAAUGAUACUUACAUCUCUUCAUAGUGUUCUGAACCUGAUAUCAGUCAACACAAGUAUGCGUGAGCGUUCUGUCUACAUCGGCAUGAGCGGCGUCGUGUGGGGUGCAGGCUGCAUCUUGGGACCAAUCAUCGGAGGCUCGUUUGCUGAGAGUUCUGCCACGUGGCGAUGGGCCUUCUAUCUCAAUCUAGUCCUCUUUGCGGUGUUCAGUCCAGUGUUGCUUUUCGUCUUGAAGCCCUACAGCUUUCAACCCGAUAUCCCAUUUGCGCAAAAGCUCAAGAGUAUCGAUUGGGUUGGCGUCGUGCUCAAUGCAGCUGUAUACACUAUCUUCGUUGUAAUAUUCACUGUCGCCGGCGUAGAGUGGGCAUGGAACGACAACCGAACCAUUGCCAUGUUCGUUGUAUUCGGUGCUGUCUUCGUCGCCUUCAUUGCCAGCCAACUUUUCAGAAUUGGUACCACAAAGGUCAACAGGCUUUUCCCAGGAGACUUCCUCCGCAACAGAACACUGGUUCUUCUCUAUAUUUGUCAGGCGUGUGCUGCGACUUCACUCUUUGUUCCGAUAUACUAUAUACCGGUGUUUUUCCAGUUUGUCUUCGGAGACAGUGCUAUUGAAGCAGCAGUCCGUCUGCUUCCGGUCAUUUGCAUCGGCGUAGCUGCAAACAUGUUACAAGGAAUACUGUUGCCUCGGCUCGGAUACUACAUGCCAUGGUUUCUCGUGGCAAGCAUCUUCAGCGUCAUUGCCGGAGCGCUGUUCUACGCUGCCGUGGACAUGACCACGACCGCGGGCAGUAUAUAUGGCUACUCCAUACUGCUCGGCCUAGGCGCAGGUCUUUCCCAGCAAGGAGCUUACUCAGUGGCGCCUACCCAGGUAUCACCGGAUCGUGUUCCUGAUGCAGUUGGGUUUAUCAACACGGCACAAAUUGGUGCCAAUGUGAUCGCACUGACUAUCACAUCUUCCAUUUUUCAGAACGUCGGAUUCCGUCGCGUCUCCGAUGCGUUGAGCGGGCUGGGAUUCUCAGCUGUUGAGAUUCGAGGUGCACUUGCUGGCCAGAGGUCUGCCGUCUACUCGCAAGUGACGCCUGAGGUCCGCCAACACAUCACCGAGGCCAUCCUGAGAACAAUCAACGAUGAAUACAUCCUGGUCAUCGCAGCUGGAAUUCUUGGUGUUGUUGCGUCCUUGAUGAUGAACCGGGGAAAACUCCAGAUGGAAGUGGCAACAGGUGGUUGA